AUGGAGACCGAGGACCAACAGGCAGGCGGCUGUGUCCGACAGCUGCAGCAGCAACUUGCCAGAUCUAUUGAAGUUCGCAAUCUUCAAGACUGCCACGUCAUUUUAGACAAACUGGCGAGUCCACCCUUGGCCACCAAGUACCCAAACUCUUUAGACUGGUACAUAUGCCCUCAUCAGCAGCCGACUCCAUUUCUGCAUGCCAUUGCUAAAGGACAUGAAGACAUAGCUCUGCUGCUCCUCAGGCAUGGAUGUGACCCACAUGCAGACAGCAGCACACUCAAAAACCCUGGCAUGAAAGUGACAGACGUGAGAAUGUCCAAGUCGAUAUUUAAAGUCGUAGAGAAGUCAGGCUUUGAGAGGCUACUCCGAGUCAUGCUGAAACAAGCUGACAAACUGAUUGUUGACAAGAAUGGCGACACAGUCCUCCACGUGAUUGCCAAGAGAAAACUCUGCUCCAUGCUGGAGGUGGUCAAGGGCUGUUGCUGGCUGCCACAAAUGUUGCAGCACGCCAACAAUCAGGGCUUGUUGCCCAUGCACGUUGCAGCCAGCUGCAAUUUUCUGCAGUUUUUCUGGUUACUUGUCCCUGCUGAAUGUGGUCCAUUGGCAGAUAUCAAGGCUAACACCCACGGCAGUCUGUGUGAAAACUGGCCCUCUGACUCUUGGGAUGUGAUCAAGAACAUUGAGGAACCCAGCAGCACCUUCAACAUUAAUGCUCAGGUCAAGGGUAGCAAGACGUCAGCCCUGCACCUGUGUGCCAGUCAGAGGUGGGUCUCCAUGCUGGAGCUGCUGAUACAAUUGGGAGCUAAUGUCAAUGCAACUGACUCCAUGGGGAAAACGCCGCUGGUCGAGUGUUUGGAUCAGAGGAAGACCUCAGCAGGUGAUCUGUAUGAAGUGUGCCGACUCCUGCUACAAGCUGGGGCUAAUGUCAAUGUAAAAAGCAGCAUCCAGUAUUCCGAGCGGCGCUCCAUGGCCAACGAUGACAUCCUGACACCUCUUCAUCUGGCUGCCAGCAUUGGAUGCAAGGAGGUGAUUGAGCUGCUGCUGAACAACGGUGCUGACCCACGGCAGCUGAGUGCCGACAUCGGCAAGAUCCCACUUCAGUUUGCGUUAGAACUCGGCCACAAUGACGCCGCCCUGACUUUACUCUCACCUGACCUUUAUCCAGAGGGGUUCCUGGGUACACAUUUGGACUAUGCUUUUAACUCAUUGCUUCAUUCUGCUGACCGCUGCAGUCCUGAAGUGAUCAGAAAGCUAAUUGACCUGUCUUGUCCAUUGGACCACCCCAACGUCAAUCACCUUCGGCCACUGGACAAGGCACUGUCCAGCAGGAAUAUUGUGUUUGUAGAGCUGCUGCUGAACACACAGCCACGGAUUGUCAAUGUGCACCUCUACCAGGACCCCACUGCCUACCCCCCACUUCACCUGGCAGCCAGUUCCGGCAGCAUCAGGCUAUGCCAAAUUCUACUUUCCUAUGGAGCAGACAUCUAUGCCAGGGCUUACGGCAAACACAUGGCUUAUCGUAAAGCCUUUAAGUUCAGCCGUGACCACACUGCCUUGUACCUUUGUGAGCAGAUGUCCAGACCCUUCUCUCUGGCAGAGAAGGAAGAGCUUCAGGGUCAGAGUUUGUGUGACGCAGAGUUGACUCAAAGGCUGCGUCACCGGCUGGAGGAAAUCCCAACCCUGGUCUCCACUUGUCUGGAUGCCAUCAGGAGAACCUUGAUCAGGAAUCACCUGUGCUUCAAAGACCUUGACACUUUACCUGUCCCAGAGACUGUUAUUAAGGCUUUGAGAUACCAGAACACUGACCUGUCCAUGUCUGAGUGA